UCGUUUGCGCUUUGUUCACCACUGUUCUCCAUCUUCAAGAAGUCGGAUCCUUACAAUUUCCAUCAGAUCUACGUAAUGUCACCAGACUCCCGAGAAACUGUGAAGAAACCGUAAACUCCACAAAACUAAAUACAUCUGACAACAAUGUUCAAGGUCACACGACUCAUGUCUGUAGUCGCCAUUUAUCCAUGGAAACCGCAUCAUUCCGUUGCUAUAGUUACAAUAACUCAACGUUGAACUUCCGAGCAAUAUUAAGAGGACUUCAAAGAAAGAGUUUAAAGUUCAAGCAGAUAUCAUUAAUUACUUUUCAGCAAUAUCUCGCGUCCCGGACUCCAUACAUAUCAGACUGGUCUCUGUACACCCCAGAGCCCUGCUUGAGAAUAAUCAGACAUUGUACAGACUGUGAUUCGCCGAAUGAUAUAGUUGAUCUACACAGAGACUACAACAUCAUAAAAACAAUACAUGAAAUUAUUGGAAGCGUACUACAAGAGGAAAAGUCGUUCUUGCCAUUUUCAGAACAAGUUCAAUCGUUAAAAUUUCUCCACCGAUCUAUCAAACAGUUGCUUUGUGAAUUACACACCUUUCUUCUUGUGCUUGGUCUUCAUGACGUCAUUCAUGGCUUUGUCGGUGACGUAAUAAAUUCACCCGACUGGUGCGUUUUCGAAUCGGUAUCAACGAGGUACGAGAGAGACGUUUACCUGUUAAGACAAGUGACUGCUGUGUCCUCUGAAAUAUAUCACCGAUACAGCAUGCUGAUUCCAUAGCUUUGAUUGCAACAUGUUUAUCAAAAAAAUAGCAUACUUAUCAUUAUGUAAUUUGAAAGGUAAUUA